AUCCUCUCCGUAUUCGGACUUUUGCUCUGCUUUGCCCAUACCGAUGAUUUUAUUGCUUUCUGGUCAACCAUAACCUGCCCUGCUUUGCAUCCCCAUCUCUAUCAUUGAAAGAAAGGAGCAAUAGUAAACCUAACGUUUCGACUUUUAUCACUUCUGGAAUCUGGGUUUGGAAAUUUGUCUCCUGAACUUGUUUUUCUCAUUCAUCAAGUUGAAAGCAGAUUCUGAUAUCGGGGGUUGUUUCAUCUUGAGGACUGUUGCAUCUUGUUGUUAAAGUUUUUGUGCAAAUGCCUGUGAGAUUUUCUAAGUUGAUUGACAUGAAGGGAGAGAUAAGUGGUGUGUCGGUGGAACCUGAGGCGAGUUUGGUGAAACAGGGGAAGAUCAGAGUUGGACAUGCCAAGAACGUUGGUCGUGUGAGAAAAAUUAUCAGCAAGAAGAAAAAGUCAUACCGUGGGAUUAUUAAGCGGGCAAUUCCGAGGGUUCCAAAGGCACUCCAGGAACUGUUUGUGUCCGGCAGAGAAACAUUCAAAGGCCCAGGAACAGUUCCUUUACCUGAAGAUGUUCAUAAACUACGCGACAUCCUUGAUAAGAUGCAGCCAGAAGAUGUUGGGUUGGAUCUGCGGUUCUUCAACCCUGAAAAUAUGAUCUUUGAGAAUGCAAGAGUCAUCAGCACAACCAUUUACGAGUGUAAGAAUUUCUCGCUCUGCAUCUUCUUCCUACCUGCAAACGGAGUCAUACCCCUCCACAACCAUCCGGGCAUGACCGUUUUCAGUAAGCUUCUGGUGGGAAAAAUGCACAUCAAGUCUUACGAUUGGGUUGAUCCUGAGGCCCCCAAGAAUCCCUGGCAACCAUCUCAACUGAGAUUGGCGAGGCUAAAAGCUAAUAGGGUGUUUACUGCCCCAUGUGAUACUUCAGUUUUGUAUCCCACAACUGGGGGUAACAUUCAUGAGUUCACAGCCAUUACUCCAUCAGUUGUUCUUGACGUUCUUGGCCCUCCUUAUUCUCAAGAAGAUGGCCGCGAUUGCUCUUACUACAAGGAUCACCCUUAUACGGCGUUUUCCAAUGGAGAGAGCGAAGUCGGGGAAGAUGAAAAAGAUGGGUAUGGAUGGUUGGAAGAAAUUGAGAUGCCAAAGAACUCGCAAAUACAGUUCAUCGAGUAUGGGGGACCUCCAGUUAUUGACACUGAUCUUUAGUUAAUUCUUCGACACGUUUUCUAUAACACAACCACACUUGUUAGCUGUUCUUACUGGAUACCAACAAGGCGCCCUGCGCCUUUUUAAGAGUUGUUCAUGUUCGAGAAUCUAUAUGUAUGAGUAUUUGCUGGUUUUUCUUCUCCGUGCCCUAGUUUUCUUUUUUCCCGUGUGGACUGUAAAGCUCUAAUUUGUUCAUUCUAUGGCUGCCGGGUAUAUAACUGUCAUGAGACUGAUUCUUUAA